AUGUCUGGUAUGCCUCAAGGCAAUCGUCUACGUGCCACCACUGAGAAAGCGGACGUAGAAGAUUUGUCCUCUGUCGGCUCUGCUCUGGGUUACUGCUUAUUUGUUGAACAACUCGGGGCCUGCAUGCUGACGGGGUACUACCAAUAUCUGGAGCAGUAA